UUUCACUACGAUUUAACACAAAACGUGAAAGUUUUACAAAAUACAAUGCCUAUUAUUCACCAGUUCACACAAGCCUUAAUUGGUUUAAACCCAAAUGAUGAUGAAAUGCCAGAAGAAGCUGUUAAGGUUGCAAAAAUUGCGAAUGACAACUCGGUCAUAUAUGGUUUGCGAUUGGCUGAAAUAUUGAACGGUCAAAUUUUACAGGUGACUGACCGUCCUCGGCUGAUUGCGUUAUUUUACGUCGUGAAUGGAAUGAUGAAAAAUUGUUCGUUGGCUCUCCACGAGUUUCUACCGGGAAUUAAGGCUCUUUUACGAACAUACCUUCGUCGAGAUCAGUUAGAGGACAUUGAGCCUGAUGUGGAAGGCUGGAACGAUUACUUUGGAUAAAUCGCAUCGAAUCUCGAAAUUUUUGAUGUUACAACAAUGUCAUUCCGAUGAAGCCUGAGCUACAGCACGACUCAUCCACUUUCUUCGCCCAUUUUUGUUUAAUCGAAUGUCGAUUUUCACAUGUUUUUUUCCAGACAUUUGUUUCAAGAAGUUCUUCGUAGGCUUAAAUAUAUAGAAAUUAGUAUCGAGUAAUCUAGGAAAAAAUGUUUUCUAAACAG